GGCGCUGCCCGGCCGCGCAGAAGGGGGCUGCAAGGGCCUCGCGCUCCCGGCUCACUCGCGCUGUGGCCGCCCGCGCGUUUCCACCAUCUCGGAACUAUCUUGCGCCCCAACUGCUCUCCCCGCCUCCCGGCGGGUCCAGUCUGCGGCGCAGAUGGCUGUACGCGGCGCCAACACCUUGACGCCCUUCUCCAUCCAGGCGAUCCUCAACAAGAAAGAGGAGCGCGGCGGGCUGCUCGCGCCAGAGGUGCGAGUGGCACCCGGGGGCACAGCGGUGGCCGUGGCCGCGGCGCCCGCCGCCUGUUGCUGGCGGCUCUUUGGAGAGACUGACGCGGGCGCGCUGGGAGGUGCCGAGGACUCUCUGCUGGCGUCGCCUGCCAGGACCAGGGCGGCUGCGGGACAGACGGCUGGAAGCCCGGGAGACUGGGACUCGGACUCGGCGCUCAGCGAGGAGAACGAGGGCGGGAGGCGCUGCGCGGACACUCCGGGGGCCAGCGGGGCCAAUCGCGCGGGUGGGACCCUGGGCCUCGGCCAGCCGGUCUGCGAGCUGCCGGCCUCCAAGGACUUGGAAGAGGAAACCGUGGGCCGGAGCGACAGCGAGAUGUCCGCCAGCGUCUCAGGUGACCGCAGCCCGCGGGCGGAGGACGACGGAGUUGGGCCGGCAGGCUCCCGCGUGCCUGCGCUGUGCAGUGGGACCGGCGACCGCAGCAGCGGCGGUCCGGCGGGCGGCGCGGAGGAGGAGGAAGAGCGGGCAGCGCCCAAGCCGCGCAAGAAGCGCUCGCGGGCGGCCUUCUCGCACGCGCAGGUUUUCGAGCUGGAGCGCCGCUUUAACCAUCAGCGCUACCUGUCCGGGCCGGAACGCGCCGACCUGGCCGCGUCGCUGAAACUCACCGAGACACAGGUGAAGAUAUGGUUCCAGAACCGUCGCUACAAGACCAAGCGCCGGCAGAUGGCCGCAGACCUGCUGGCCUCGGCUCCCGCCGCCAAGAAGGUGGCGGUGAAAGUGCUGGUGCGCGACGAUCAGAGACAGUACCUGCCCGGCGAGGUGCUGCGGCCCCCCUCGCUGCUACCACUGCAGCCCUCUUACUAUUACCCUUACUACUGCCUCCCUGGCUGGGCGCUCUCCACGUGCGCGGCCGCCGCGGGCACCCAAUGAGCCUGCCCGGAGUG